CUCGCCAGCCGCCCUCUUUGCGUCCGUGUCUCGGCGAGGCGUUCGUUUCCUGACUCACCGCUGUUCCCCGGGCCUCGCGCGCUUCGGCCAGGAAUAAGUCGGUCAGGAAGGCUCCGCGGCGGCCAUGGCAUUUAAAGAUACUGGGAAAGCACCUGUAGAACAGGAGGUAGCAAUUCAUCGAAUCAGAAUCACCUUGACAAGUCGCAAUGUGAAGUCACUUGAAAAAGUCUGUGCAGAUCUGAUCAGAGGUGCUAAGGAAAAGAACCUAAAAGUGAAAGGACCUGUCCGCAUGCCCACCAAGACUCUGCGAAUCACCACAAGGAAAACACCAUGUGGUGAAGGUUCCAAGACCUGGGAUCGUUUCCAGAUGCGCAUUCACAAGCGUCUCAUUGAUUUGCACAGUCCUUCGGAGAUUGUCAAGCAGAUAACUUCUAUCAGUAUUGAGCCUGGAGUAGAAGUUGAGGUUACCAUUGCUGAUGCCUAAAUGAUUGUCAUCUGCUUCAAUAAAAGUUAAUAUCAACUUUUA